CGACGAUGGAUUUCUUCGACUUAAUUACUUUUCGCAUAGUCCCCUGCCUCCGUACAUAGGCCCCAGGGUGCCACGUACAUGUUCAAACACUGACUUUCGCCACGUAAGCGAGUGUACACAAGUCGACACUUUCAUUUACAAAAACAUGUGCCUCUACACAUUUAGUCGCUACAUCUCUAUCAUCUGUCAAAACGAACAACACGAAGACACAGAAGUACCGAUUCCACCAGUAAGGCUCGUGACUAAUAAUGAUGAAACCGAUGCUGAAUUGCGUAUGAGAGGGGUCGUUGAGAUCUUUCACAACGGGAGAUGGGGACCUUUUCCUAAAGAUAGCAUAGAUACAGAUGAAAUUGCAAGAGUAAUAUGUAGGGAGCUUGGUUGGCCAAAUGGAGUGGUGUACACGCCAAGCACAGAAGAGAAAAUAACAGUGGGACGAAUAUGUCAUGCAAUUUGGUACGUGAAAUGUAGCGGAAAUGAAGCAUCGAUCACGGACUGUUCCAUGGAUGUAUCACCGAUGAGAAUGCCGUGCAGAGAUUUAGAUUGUCAUGUAGAGUGUAACAAAGAUGAACUGGUUGAGGGAAAGCUGGCUUUACGAGUCGGAGGUAUACCUACUAAGGAACAAAUGAAUGAGGGAUUUCUUGAAAUCUACUUGAACUAUAAAUGGUGGCGCAUAUGUAACACUGCAUGGGACAUUUUAUCAACUGAGAUUGCGUGUAAAAACCUGGGCUAUUCUCAUGGACAUUACAAGCGCGACGCCUGCUUGGAGUUGUGGGACAGCUUUAACUGCGAGCUUCAUGAAAACCUGCAUAGCACUGUGAAAUGCUAUGGGAAUGAAACUACCAUAUCUUCGUGUAUGUAUGACAGACAUAACAACGCAGACAGCAGCUGUAUUUUUGGCCACGUAUAUUUGAAAUGCUUUGGAGCUGAAAACUUCACAAGUCAAUGGGACAAAGUCGCAACUGUACCGUUGUCACCGUCAGCAGGAUGUGAAGACAUUACGAUUGCUGAGAAAUCUGGAAUGGCAAACAUACUCUUAUCGUGUCAGGGAAGAUGCGGAGAGACUCCCACAGAAAGAAACACAUGGUGCUACUGUGAUUCAAAAUGUGCCGCCAACAAGGAUUGUUGUUUUGAUUAUGCCAAAACAUGUCGCAAUGGAGGUGAAGAUCUUAUUGAAAUAACAGAUGAUAACACUAACAAAGGUCCCCCUGAGACUCCGGUUGACACUCAGGAAUCAGCCAAAGAGUAUGACACGAGUCAGUAUGAGGAAUGUGUGGAAACCUAUGAAAAGUAUGAUCAACCAAGGCAGUAUAAGAUGGUAUCAAGAUGUCCACCUCAUACACAAGACCCUAUGGUAAUCAGGCUGUGUACCAUCGCAUCAUUACGGUCAUCAUUGUCGGGUUUUGUGAAUGUUGGUCAAGUACCUGUUUAUAUUAAUCAAACAGGUGAAACGUUCAAGAAUGUUUUUUGUGCUGUUUGCCAUGGAUAUGAGCUUGAUGAUGUUGUGUUAUGGUCUUUAAGAUACGAAUGUAUGGGUGGCGGCACUGCAGAAACUUUACAAACUAGAGAGCUGUGGAGAAUUCGACUUUUGAUUAUAACCUCAUGUGAACCAAGGGAUGAUGAGACAAAGCGUUGUCAUACUUGUCGACUAGUCACAAUUCCACCUGAUGACGUGGCCUUGAGACAAUGUCACCACCAUGUUGAUGAAUGUCAUGCUCGAUAUGUUCCGACUGCAUAUAAACAGUUACGCGAUCUUUAUCUGUUGAACGACAUGUGUUUGAAAUAUUCAGCCCCAGUGAUUCUCCAGACCAACGAUGGUAUAAUGAAUGAUUCUGUAGAUACUUCCAGACAAGUCAUCUACAAGAAUAUUCAUUGCGCAAUGUGUAAUGGCGGUGAUCCCCACAAGUUAGGCUGCAUGGUAGCUAAAACAACAAACGAAAGUGGUGACAUAUUCACAAUUGUAGGCGAUUACCACCAGGUCUGGAUAAAUGGCAAGAAAAGGAUUUUGCUGACAUGGUAUUAUAUGUUAGGGAAUUCAGUCGUUUCAAUCAAUUCUUCUGACAAUGAGGCAUGUAAUGACGUCAUUCGUUCUGCUUUGUGGCACAAUCAGACGACUAAUUUCAUAGAUUAUUUACAAAAUCAACUAUGUACGUACAUAGGUUGCACAAAGGGCUAUUCAAGGAUAAAUAAAACAUGCAAGAAAGAUGUGCCCCAAGAAGCUCCGAACGAAGGCUUAAUUAAUGAAAUGAAUACAUUGAUGACAUCACGGGGGAGUAUGGACGGUAGAACAAACAGCCAAUCACGUGCGUUUCAUUCUAGUUCAUGCAUUGGCCGUUUGCUGUUGACUCUGUUGAACCUGGUUCUAGCAUAUUUCUAUAAAAUGAUGCUCUAGAGCAAAAUUGGGAAGAGAAAGACUCUAGAGAGUGAUAAGACUGCAAUUGACAUUUCCAAUUGACUUCGAGAUGGUUCCAUGAUACCUUAUACAUGUAGAUACAGUAAACGUUAAACUGAUCCAUCCUUAAAUUCAUGGUUAAAUUCAUCCUUAAAUAUUCACAUUUAUAAAAAAGAACGCAUGUUCAAAAGUGAAAGUAGUAUAAUUCAGUCUUUAUAAUUUUCCUGAAAUAAAGUAUGGACAAAUCUAGAAUUUAUAGAAAAAGAAAUGGCAAGGAAUACUUUUAGGUUGCUCUCUUGUUCUGAUACUUUCUUUAAAGUUUCAGUCUCAUUGGACAAUAUUUAGUUUUAUCUGCCAACAUCCCUAAUAGGUAAUAUUCAGUCCAUGAGAUGUUCUUUCAUUGUUUGAAAAAAUAUAUGUUCUCCCAUGUGCAACCGACAGAGGAAAUCUAGCUCUUGAUGUCUUCUCAUUUCGCCCCUUCCCACUUUGCCCCUUCCCAUUUCGCCCCUCAUUUAU